AUGUCGCCGCUCACUUCCGAUCAAGUCGCUUCCUACCACGAAAAUGGCUACCUUCUCCUCCGCGCAACCGAGCAUCAAUUGGUCGACCCUACAGCACUGCUCCGAUGGACAAAGGAAGUUCAAGCCUGGCCCCGCGUAAAGGGCAAGUGGAUGCCUUAUGAUGAGAUCAACAUCAACGGCGAGCGCCAGCUCAUGCGCACCGAGAAAUUCAUCGACUACCACCCAGAAUUCAAGUCACUAGUCUGUGGCGAGAAGCUAGCUGAGAUCCUGAAGGCUGUCUCUGGCGAUGACAUGCUUCUCUUCAAGGACAAAAUCAACUACAAGCAGCCCCAAGGCAACGGCUUCCAGGCUCACCUAGAUGCACCAGCCUACGACCAUAUCGGCCACAUUGAACAUGUCACAGCAAAUAUCGCAAUUGAUGCUGCAACUCCUGAGAACGGCUGCUUGGAGGUCGUCCGCGGAUCCCACAAGAUGGAGAUUGAGUUCGCGGAUGGUGGUCGCAUCACGCCUGCAUGGGAAGAAGCGCACGACUGGAUUUCUAUCCCUCUUGAUAUGGGUGAUAUGUUGAUCUUCGGGUCUCAUUUGGCACAUCGCUCGGCUGAAAACAAGACGGAGAAGAGUCGGUCCAGUCUUUAUGCUACUUUUCACUCCAGGAGUGAUGGCGAAGAUCUUCGCGAGAGGUACUAUAAGCAUCGGAUGGAGAUGUUUCCCCCUGAACAUGAGCGUGUCGAGGGCAAAGACUACUCACAGGGCUACAAGACUUACGGUUUUGCGGCUCCAUUCACCACGAUGCAGGAUAAUGCAGCUGCGACUUCCAUCAUUGCUGCUUAA